AAGAGCAACCUGUCCCAGGUCUCUUCUUCAGUCUUUAGCAAAUCGUGAUCGCGAGAAGAACGACCAGCGGUCAAACAAAAUCAGAUUCAGCGGAUGAAAGGUCGAAAUUGUUUGAAAAAACGCUUAGUUCCAACUGUGUAAAAUAAAUAGUGCAAUAUUACUAAGACUUUUGUGGAAAAGUUAUACCAUUUAAUCUUGCUGCAAUUGUUUCCCAAGCCAUAUUGUUCGCCAAAUCGAUUGUGGCUUGGUGUCGGCCAAGAAUUUUCAGCCAGGAACCGGUUUCUGCGCUCCCACAAAUCCAACGAUUAAAAGAGAGAAAUAAAGAGAGUUUUCAAGCUGAAAACAUAAACAAACCCAAUCGCAAAAUAAUAACAAUACCCAGUGCUUGCUGAGGGACAAGGCAACACGUGCACUUCUGCACGAAUGAUUGCAAUUUUUUGAGCCCAAGAAUACCGCACUUAAUAAUAAAAAUCAAUCAUGAGUCUGCCCCAGUUGAUAGAGGAUCUGCAGCGCCUUUCUGAGGAUCAGGAUAGUGCAGAUGUGGUAUUCAUUUGUGGCAGAGAUGAGCGCAUAUAUGCCCACAGAUUAAUGCUAAUGGCUCGGUGCAAGAGCUUCAAGACAGCGAAGAGAGGUGAAGUGUGUCGAAUUCCCGGAUGCACAGUAUCGCCAGCAGCCCCAGGAGCUUCAACUCCGACCACCAUACGAUUACCACACGUGAAUCCGGAACUAUUUAGGCAGUUCAUCUUAUACGUUUACACCGCAAAGUUAGUUCUGCAGGACUCGCAAGUAUUUCAAAUGAUGAUAUUGGCACAGGAUAUCGGUGUGGUUGAGCUACGAACCGCCUGCGAGGAUCACGUUAUAUCCACUUUGUCGGUGGAUAAUGCCUGCACAUUUUUAACAGCCGUCAUGGAUAUACACGAAAAAGCAGGUGCCAAAUGCGCUGCCUCGUUUAUGGAACGCUGCAUCAUCUACAUAGGGGAAAAUGCAAAUGAGUGCGUUAAGACUAAUGCCUUCCUUACAUUAACAAAGGAUGCCAUCAUCAAGAUUAUUUCGUCAGACUAUUUCUGCUUGGAGGAGGAGGAAGUGUGGCGCUGCGUUUUAUCAUGGGCCAAAUACCAGGCAGGAGUCACCCAACCCACUGCACAUUGGACUGAGGAGGAGCGUGCUCGUGUCUGCCAACACUUAAGCGGUGUAAUGGGUCACGUGCGUCUGCUCCUCAUCGAUAGCCAAGUUUUUGCGGAGGAAGUGGAACCUACAGGAGCUGUACCUAUGGAACUAUCCCUAGAACGAUAUCGCUAUGCCGCUUUGCAUGCCAAUAAGAUGAUGGAUAACGAUAAGAGACUUCAGCCCCGCCUAGCUGUAGCGGUCAACAUGUUUCCCGGAUCCCAAAUCCUGAAGAAUGACAAUCUGCCACUACAGACUGUUCUCAAUAAUUGGGUUGGAGUGGCCAAGCAAUCCUGGAGAUUAGUUUUCCGAGCGUCCACUCAUGGCUACGAUUCUGGAGCCUUUCAUCGUUAUUGCGACGGCGUGGCUCCUUGCAUGGUUAUUGGCUUGGGAUCGCAUGGAGAGAUCAGUGGUGGUUAUACGGAUGUGGCGUGGGCCAAAACAAGCCGUAAGGGGGGAUAUGUUCAGUCCGAGCGAGCCUUCCUCUUUGCCUUGAAUCCUGCCAAUGGGGAACAGCCGGUCAAGUUUGACAUUGUAAAGAAACCCUAUGCCAUUUGCUAUCAUCCUGAUUGCGGUCCCAUUUUUGGUGCUGGAGCCGAUCUGCUCAUAUCCAGCAACUGCAAUGCAAACAUGGACUCUUACUCGAAUCUUCCGCACUCCUACGACGGAACCAACGCUGCUCACCUGACACUUUUCGGGGACUACAACUUUACCAUCACCGACUAUGAGGUCUAUACCCUUUCAUCGCCGGCAGGAAGUAGUAAUAGUGGAGCAAGUCACAGCAACAAUCAGAACCAGAACCACUCAACAAACGGACAAGCUCCUGGGGUGCCCACAAAGGCAAAAUACGAUAGAUACUAGAAUUGGGGAAACAACUUGUAGUUGCAUCAGCUAUGCUGGCAAUAAAACUAUUUCCUUGAACGAUCCAAA